ACCAUUUGUCAGUGCGUGGAGUAAUCAGGGGAAUUUCGCAACUAGUUCUCACUCAUUAAAGACAGAACACGACUGUGGGGACUGUACAGAACAGCAGAGGACUUGCACAGAGGAGCAGAGUGCCUGUACAGAAUAGCAGAGGGACUGUACAGAGCAGCAGAGUGUCUGUACAGAGCAGCAGACGGACUGCACAGAGCAGCAGAGGGACUGUACAGAGAAGAGGGACUGCACAGAGCAGCAAAGGGACUGUACAGAGCAGAGGGACUGUACAGAGCAGAGGGACUGUACAGAGCAGAGGGACUGCACAGAGCAGCAAAGGGACUGUACAGAGAAGAGGGACUGCACAGAGCAGCAAAGGGACUGUACAGAGCAGAGGGACUGUACAGAGCAGAGGAACUGUACAGAGCAGAGGGACUGUACAGAGCAGGGAGGCUGUACAGAACAGCAGAGGGACUGUACAGAGCAAAGCUUUGGUAUCACUCAGAGUUGAAGACUGCACCAGAAGCACCUCAGGAGGACAGUGCACCAGCCCCCCGGGACCUGUGUCAUGGCCAAGCUGAAGAGUGGCCCGUGCUCCACGCCUGAUGAGAAUGAGUUUGUGUCUGGCUAUCCUACCAGCAUCUGUCAGGACGUUCCCGGGAAUAAGUAUCUCUGCUGCAACUGUAACAAUGUUCUGAAGAGGGCGCUACAGACGGUGUGCGGUCACAGAUACUGCUCGCCAUGCCUGUCCUGGAUGGUGAGGAAUCACAAAAGACCCAUCUGUCCGAGGUGUAGAGAAGAAGACCCCCAUUCUCUGACGGAAGACAGCUAUUUAUCCGAAGACCGGGCCUUCAGUGAUGCUGCUAUUAAUAAGGAAAUCUCAGAAUUAAAGGUCCAUUGUAUGACAGCGGGGUGCUGCUGGGCCGGACUCCUCAAAGACUAUGAUGAUCACCAAAGCCUCUGCGACUAUGCCCCAAUACUGUGCCACACCGGCUGCGGCCAAACGGUUCUGCGCAGACAUCUGGCCGACCACCUGGAAGGGGAGUGUACUAAUUAUACAACAAUGUGUCCGAGAUGCUUCCAGAGGGUCUCCGGCAGUGAAUAUCCGGACCACAAUUGUGAGAAAAGUUCAUCUGAGAAUCAAAGUCACAGAAAACCGGAUCUCCCGGCCAAGGGGAAGAAUCACAGCACUGGCGAUGCCUCCUGCAAGUGUCGUUUUUCCCUGGUUGGCUGCAACUUUAAAGGCAGCAGAGAAAAGGUGAAGGAACACGAGAAAUCCUCGGCAGCUGCUCACUUAGAGCUGGUUAUUCCUGUUUUAAUGCAAAUAAAAACCAGUCUGACAGAUGGCGGGGGCAGGGAGAAUGGACUACACAACAACCUAUCAGAAUCCGCAGCCAGGGGGGCCCAGAAAGUCUUUUCAGAAAUGCAGAAUGGGGAGACAAGUCUUGUGAAUGGGACUAUAGAUGUGGACUGUGGUGGCCACCAAAAUGGAUGGUCCCUGAUGCCAGAUCUGAUCAGUAGAUUAUCUGUCCUGGAGGCCCGGACACAAGUCUUCGAAAAUAUCAUCGCUGUGCUGAAUAGGGAGAUUGACAGCUCCAGUGCCAAAUUAGCUACCGUCCUGGAGCAGAGGAAGGAGGAGGAGAUGAAAGUGAAGGCCUGUGAGCAGAAGAUUGCCAACUUGAAUCGUACUUUGACUAGGAAGGACAUUGCAUUGAAUGAGUUAUAUACGCGUUUCACCACAUUGGAGCAAACUUCUUUCGAUGGGAUAUUCUUAUGGAAAAUCUGUGACCUGAAGCAGAAAUGCCAUGAUGCAAUCACAGGAAAAGCCAUCAGCCACUAUUCUCCAGCAUUCUACACGGCAAGGUAUGGCUACAAAGUGUGCCUGCGGGCUUACUUAAAUGGAGAUGGUGCCGGAAAGGGGACCCACAUCUCCCUGUUUUUCGCUGUCAUGAGAGGAGAACACGAUGCGCUACUCUCCUGGCCAUUUAAACACAAGGUAACAUUCAUGCUUAUGGACCAAAGCAAUCGAGAGCAUGUGCUUGACGCGUUUCGCCCAGACGUCACCUCCGCCUCCUUCCAGCGGCCUUUAAAUGACAUGAAUAUCGCCAGUGGCUGCCCCUUGUUUUGCCCCCUCUCUAAGCUACAGUCUGCAAAACACAGCUACGUGAGAGAAGACACCAUGUUCAUCCGGUGUAUAAUAGACACCAGCUCUUAGAGGCGACUCGCUGCAGCCAGCGCACAGGGAAGCGCAGUCCGCUCCGGAAACGUCCAUUAUCUGCUGUGUAUGAAUACAUGUAUGAACAUAUCUCUAAUAGGAAACUUUGUCAUAACACUGGUUACUGUUACUGACGUAUGAAGAGACUGUGAAUAUGCUGCUUGAAACCCUGCCAUGAUGUGUUACUGUAUAUGAGUACUGAGUAUCUAAUAAUAUUUGGCUUGUAGUACGGUAGGUCUUGAUUGGUUAAUAGUUGGCUUGGAGGAGGUCUAACUUGGACAAGACCCAGGAAAGUAAUAUGAUAGGAGCAGUGAAUGUGGGGUGCAUUGCCAAUGAAAGGAAAGCCAACAUUAUAAAUAUGAAAUGUAGUUAUAUUAAAUUUGCAGAGUAAUAUAUUAAAAAUAGCACAGGGGUAUAAUGUUAUGUACAGGGUGAAUACUGCAUUUCGCCACUAUAAUGAUAAAACCCUCAGCGCACACUUAAUGCAUGUACCGGCUGCGUAGUGUAUUCUGGUUGUUAUGAUAUAUCUGACCGACACACAAUAUUAUGCACCGUACACCGGUAACCGAACAGCCCAGCACUAUCACCCACAAGGUAAAGGGUCACUGGACAUACAUAUAAUAUAUUUGUCCCUUACAGUGGACCUGUACAACGCAGAGGCAGCUGUAUUGAUAUUCAUGGUGCGUCACGCUGCCCAGGCAGUUAUACUCUUACGGUCCAUAAAAUAUCGCACUCCGCUGUGCCUAUGUCACAAGGGCCACUUUGCAAACGGCAAAACCCCUUACCAUGAAACAGAACUUGCAAUCACUGCUUCGUUUUGGGGCGGUACAUCUUGUACCAACUUUAGACCUGAUGCAGUGACUGACGCAUUGUCAAUGCUGUACGCUGCGGAAAGAUUUUUUGGCACUGUGCUUGCAUCCAACUCGCACUGUACACGUGCCGCGAUGGUCUAGAGAUGGCGGUCGCAGUGAUGCUUUAUUUGCAAAGUCACAGCUAGUCUGCGUUUCAGCGGUGUAACGGAAAAGUGGCGACUGAAAUGCAGCCGUGUCGCGACUGUUUUGGGGGCGUGUCAUAGUUUGCCACUGUGACCCUGUACGCAGUAAAAAUGUCUCCUGUAUCUUGCGUCUGACGGCCACGCUGCAUGACCAGGGUACAGAUAGACAGUGUGUCUAGAUAGACAGUCAAAGGGUCGACACCAUACACUAUGGUUGACAUGCAACAAAGUCAGCAUGGCCAAAAGGUAGACAGAGCUUAAGGUCGACAAGUUCAAAAUGCCGACAUGACAACGGUUGACACAAGUUGGGGGUUUUCACAUAUUUUUCAACUUAUGCUUGAUCUGCCAUCCAUGUGGACUACAACUGGGAACAGUAAUCUGCGGCGAGCGCAGUGAGGCACCUUGCCCGAAGCGUGGCGAGUGAAGUGAGCCCGUGAGGGUACAUAUUAACACUGGUUGUGGUCACAGAUGUUGAAACAUACAUACUGGACAAGGUGACACCCCCCCCACCCCCCGUCACAAAACUUGUGUUGACCUAUUUUUGUGUCAACCAUUUCCAAGUUGACCUUUGACCCUGUCUCUGAAUCAGUUCUUUUGGGCGACUUCCGACACCUUUUUUCAUUGUAAUAACGCGCUGCUUACCAUAUUGCAGAAUGUUUGCAUCAUCUCAAUCCGUGCGUGAGCUGCGCCCCGUGUUAUUCGUCAUUUUACGCUAGAGCCGGUUACUUACGGACAGGAGACCUGCGCAGGUGAAACCGGCGUCCUAUACAGCAUCACAUGUCAGUCUGUUUGGUUUCACGAGGGUACGGUUAUGUGAUACGGAAUACAGGUAUUAUAGAACUAUAUGAGCUAAAUGAAAAUGUUUUUUACUUAUGAGAUUACGGUUUGUGUAUUUAAUAAUUUUAUAUUUAUUUGUGACAUUUCUAUUUGCACUUUGUGACAGUAAAAAGUUAU